AUGGAUCUCAGCUUGAUAUCGAAAGAGGUCGCGCAAACGAACACGCUAGUUCAACAGAGUACCGGGCCAUCCACCUCCCACGAUGAUUUCGCGUUGGCACGGUUGGGAAAGAGGCCCGUCCUCAAGAGGAACUUCGGGUUCCUGGCAAUUCUCGGGUUCAGCUGUACGGUUCUUAUCACUUGGGAAGGGUCAUUGAUUGGGUUCAUCUCAGGACUGCAAAAUGGAGGUCCGUCCGGUAUCAUAUACGGCUUUCUCGUUGUCUGGGUUGGCACGCUCUCCGUAUUCGGAACGCUUUCAGAACUGGUCUCGAUGGCACCAACCUCCGGAGGUCAGUAUCAUUGGGUCUCUAUGCUAGCUCCUCCUUCAUCGCGAAAGUUCUUCGGAUACAUCACGGGUUGGUUGGAAGUAACUGGUUGGCAAUCGCUUGUAGCGUCGGGCGGAUACGUGACCGGCACUAUGAUUCAGGGCAUCAUUCUCUUGACGUACCCGGGCUAUGCGGAUCAUAUGCAGAACUGGCACGGCACUCUCCUAUUCUGGGGCAUCGUAUUACUCAGUUACGGUAUCAAUACUGCGGUCGGCUCUCUCCUCGCGAAGUUCGAGGGUAUCUUCCUUGUCAUCCACCUUCUCGGAUUCUUCGCUGUGAUACUCCCGUUAGCAUUGUUGAGCCAACAUUCGGAUUCGGCGUCUGUAUUUGACACGUUCUUGAAUCCCGGAGGCUGGCAGACGCAAGGUCUAUCUUUCUGCAUUGGAGUUCUUGGAAACGUAUUCGCGUUUCUUGGCGGGGAUGCUGCAAUUCACAUGUCAGAAGAAAUCCGGAACGCCGCCGUCGUGAUCCCGAGGUCACUCUUGACAGGUCUCUUGGUGAAUGGGACACUUGGAUUCGGCAUGUUGAUUGCGACUCUAUACUGCAUGGGAGAUAUCGAUCAAGCGCUGGCCGAAAACCCCCACUAUCCCUUUAUGUCCAUCUUUAAAGCCGCUACGGGUUCGACUGCCGGAGCAGCGGUAAUGUCUGCGAUAGUCGUCGUCAUGGCCUUUAGUGCUACGACCGGGUCUCUUGCAUCCACUUCGCGCGUUUACUUCGCCUUCGCUCGUGAUCGCGGACUCCCUGGUUGGAGAACAUUGAAAAAGGUCAGCCCUCGUACAAGCAUCCCCAUCUAUUCCGUUAUUACAACUGCUGUCAUCGCGGUUAUCCUCUCCCUCGUCAAUAUCGGAGACUCCACCGCGUUUAACGGCGUGAUCUCGAUUUCAACCGCCGGUUUAUUCGGGUCCUACCUCAUAGCAGCCUCACUGCUACUUUAUAGGCGAGUCACUGGGGGUAUCCGUAUAGCGAACGACGACGAUGUGCUGACGAACACGGUCGGUUCAAGUUUAACUUGGGGGCCAUGGCGUCUUCACGGAAUAUUCGGGGUUGUGAAUAAUAUUUUCAGCUGCAUUUACCUUGUCUUCAUCUUCUUUUUCAGCUUCUGGCCGCCAGCCUUAGAAGUAACGCCGCAGACCAUGAACUACGCCGUGCUGGUGUUCGGGACCGUCAUCAUGUUUAGUAUGCUUUAUUAUGCCGUAUGGGCAAGGAAGGUAUAUUCUGGUCCCAUAAUCGAGUCUAUCCCAAGCGCAGGGAGCCCAAGUCCACCUUUUUGAGAUAUUGAGAUAGACAAUGAACAUUAUAAUCGCAUAAUUCAGAAUGAUGCUAAUGUGAUGGGCCUGGUUAGUACUUACCUACCUAAUAUUGCCGUCCUAGGCGUAAAAGGAAAGGUUGUAUCUGAAUCGAUUUGGAGUUGGGGUUGGGGUUUAUGGUCACGAUAAGAUUGGGAUCGUCAGCUCCGAGGCGA